UUAGCGAAAUAAAUUCGGCCAUUCAAGCGAAAGAUAUUUUUUCAAUUAAUUAUGGAAAACUAUAUGUAUCGAUUAAAGCAUUAAAAAAAAUAAAAACUCAACUACGUUAAAAGAACUCAGUUAUAAGAGUCUUGAGCUAGUAUUUUGCAACAAGAUGGGAGUUUCCCAGUGGACUUGUUUUGCAGAAGAUAUCAGAUUGCAUUAAGGUAGACCUCUCUUUUAAGAAGGAAUGAGAUUAAAACGUUCAAAUACAAAUAAUAACCCAAAGCGGGAUAGCAGUAGUUCAAAUAUAAGGCGCCAAAGUUCACAGCAGAGAGUAAGUGAAAAUGCCUCACAACCACAGACUUCACAGCUACCUGAGUCUCAGUUGAAUUCAGAAAUGCAAGAUAAUGCUGCGCAGUCGUAUCCCGAUCAGCGUAAUUCAGAGCAAAUACAUUCUCCUCAAGUUCUGGAACAGUCGUAUUCAUUAGAAAGCAAUGUAGCUCCUUCUAAGUCGGCCGCAAGAGUAGUACAUUCUGCACCUGUUUCAGAGCAGUCAAAUCCAGUACAGAGCAACCCAGGACAGCAGCAGUCAACAGCACGAGAUCACCAGUCACAGCAAUUUUCAGAGCAUUCAUCUAAUCAAGGCCAAAGUUUUCGUCGAGAUUUUAGAGAUCCUUUUCCUCCACCAUAUUAUCAAACUGUGCAACCACCAUUUUAUUAUCAAGUGCCACCUCAGUAUGCGUUUAGAGUGGUUUAUCCUACGGCACCUCCUACUCAAUCCUCAAGGCAAGACGCAAGGGCUGAAGAAAGACCUGGUGGACCACGUGCAGAUUGGAUUGGCUUCACAGAUAAGAAAAUUCGAGCUCAGUUUGUGAGGAAAGUGUAUUUAACUCUGAUGGUUCAGUUAUUGUUUACUAUGGGUGUUAUAUCCCUAUUUGUUUUCGAGCCUCAUGUAAAAGAAUUCGUAAGAAGCAAUAUAGUUAUAUACUACGUAUCAUUUGCCACCUUUCUAGGAGUUUAUAUUGGAUUGGUGUGUUGUGGCGAUAUCAGGAGGAAGUAUCCUACUAAUAUCAUCUUGUUAGCUAUAUUGACUGCUGCAAUGAGCUACAUGUUGGGAACUAUAUCAAGUUUUCAUAAAACGGAGAUUGUUUUCAUGGCUGUUGGUAUAUGCGCAGCUGUUUGUUUGCUAGUAUCCAUUUUUUCUUACAGUACGAAAUUUGAUUUUACAUCCUGUGGUGGCAUCCUCUGCAUUUUGUUGCUCGUAUUGAUCAUCUUCGGUAUCAUCACUAUUUUCAUUCCUACCAGGACGAUGGUGAUGGUUUACGCUGGUCUAGGUGCUACAGUUUUCACUUUGUAUUUAGCCUAUGACACACAGUUGAUUUUGGGAGGAAGGAAAUAUGAACUGAGCCCCGAAGAGUACAUUAUGGCUGUUAUUCAACUAUAUAUUGACAUUGUUUACAUAUUUCUUAACAUUCUUAUUCUAAUUGGAUUAGGUGAUCAGUAAACCAAAGGAAGAAAGCAAAGAUUGAAGUCGAAAUAAUAUCAGUACAGAAUCAACUCCAGCUAUGUUCGAGGAGUUGCAUGAAAAAAUUAUUACAAAAUAUUUUGGAGCAGUCAGCGAGUCUCCAUUAUCUACCAGCAGCAAGCCUCCGAAGCUUUCAGCCAUUACCAGCAGCAAUCCUUCAAUGCUUGCAUCGAGUAGCAAUAGUGAGGCUUCAAAGCCUCCAGACGAUAAAAGCAGCAAGCCUCCAUCUGUAACAAUGGAACGCAAUGAUAAGUUGAAUUCAUCCAGCAAUUCUGAAUCUGGCAAGCGCAUUUUAUUCAAGGAAGAAUUGUCAGAAUCUGACGUACGUAAGUACAGAUGCUGAAUAUUAUGAAAAUUAAGGAAAUUCGUCGAGAAUUUUUGUAACUGAAAACUGGAACAAAAUUGUACAAAAUAUGUAUACUUCUUCUGUGAUUGUAAAUUUCUAAAUGCAAUGUAAAAUGCGAUGCGUUAGAUACUCGUACUUUAUUUUUAGUUAUGUAAUCCUUAAACUAAAUAUCUCAGAAAAUGGCAAUAAAUAUUUGCUGUAC